CAGUUAAAAAUUUCGGCGCCAUUCCUGACACUGUGAAGAAACCCGCAGUGACUCCCGUUCGAUCUAUGGUGAAGCAGGAUUGGCUGACGAAGAGCUGGGGUGGAAGCAGCAGCGGGCUCUCCAGUCCUCUGAGCUCCCACAGUGCCGAUGAGGAGGAGUACUCUCCGGAGGUCGUCAGGGAGGCGAUGAAGAGAGUGCAAGAGCUCGAGUCCGAGCUGAAACACGCUCAUGCUCAGCUGGCUAUGAUGAGAGAGCAGCUGGUUAAUCACAAGAAGGAGCUGGAGGAGGCUGAGGCAGCUCGGUACUUCGUUGUGUCGGCGGCCAGCGAGGCCACUGCCGCGAAGAUUGCCCUGGAGCGGCAGCUGGAAAGCAUAAGGAAGAGCAUGGAGGAGAAGUCCAGAGGGAUGGAGGCAGCGAAUGCUGCAAUGCAGCAGACGACGGCACAAGCCCGGCAGCUGCAGGGUGAGGUGGACAGGUUGAAGAGGGAUGUGGACAGCACGUCGAGGCGACUCAAGGCGGCCAUGGAAGCUCUGGAUGCUGCCAGGGAGGCCAAGGAGGAGGCUGAUCAGCUGGUGGAGGAGUACAAAAAAAUGCUGACCCAAGAGUUGGACCUGCAGAAGAAGGGCGACGACGAGAAGGCAAAGAAGUGGAAACUGGCCUUGGAGAGUGCGGACAGGCAGUACAGAGAGGCGGUGGAGCAAGUGCGGGCCCUGCAGCAAGCGCUGGAGGACGCAAGAGAGGAGCACCGCGCUGCGCAGGACAAGUCUCUGCGGCUCGAGAAGGAGUACGAGAUCGUCAAGGAGCAGCACAAGGCGGCCAUGGAGGGAGCCAUGAAGCUGCGGCAAGCUCUGAACGAGGUGAAGGAGGAGCAGAGGGAGACAAUGGACGGGGCCAGCAGCUUGCAGGUUGACCUGAUAGAGGCCAAGGAGAAGCAUGCUAUGGUGGAGAAGAGGGUGGCGGGGAUGCAGGCGGAGCUGGAGAGGCUGAGAGAGGAGCUGAGGUCGGCGGAGGAGAGGGAGAGGAGGCUGCAGAAGGAGGUGGAAGAGGUGAGAAGGGUCAAGGAGGUGGUUAAGGGCGAGGACGAAGGGAGGAAGCGGAUGGUCGAUUCGCUUAUGGAGAAGCUGGAGAUGGUGCAGCAAGCCAGGGCGGAGGCGGAGGAGAGGGAGCAGAGAGCGGAGGUGGAGGCGAGGAUGGCAAGAGUCGCAGAGGCAAGGGCCAAGGCCAUGGCCGGCGCUGCGGAAAGCCGCAUGAUGGCGGCGAUGAAGGAGUCGGAGAUGCGACUGGCAGCGGCCAUCGAGGAGGCGGAGAGCCGAGUUGCUGCCGCGCAGAGGGAGGUGGUCGCCUCCCGACAGUCUGAAGCCAAGGCCACAGCCAUGGCCGAGGCCAUGCGGAAGGAGAUGAUAGAAGAGAGGAGGAAGUAUCAAACUGCAACGGCGGAGGCCGAAGAGGUGAGCAAUCUCGCGAAAAUGGCCAAGGAAGAGAUGGAAUUGACCACCCAGAGAAGCAGGGAGGUGGAGGACAGAGCAGAGGCCAGGAAUCGCGAGUUGAAGCUGCAGCUGCAGGGCUCCGACGAGCAGGUGAGGACGCUGAAGGACGAAAUUGAGUCACUGAAGUCGCAAGCUCAGUCCUUGACAACGCAGCUGGAAAGCGUGACAGAAAAGACUGAGGAAGAAGCAAGGAGGGCAGACGAAGCGGCGGGGGAGAUUCAGAAUCUGCGGCGAGAGAUCCGCGAGGCGAAGGCCAGGGAGAAGGAGGCGCUGGAGAAAGCGGACAGAGCGGAGACGGAGAUGCUGGUGGUGGAGGGGCAGUUGAGAGCAGCGUCAGGCAUGUUUGCGCACAUGCUUGUGCUGUCCUCUCUGCACUCAAAUUCAUCACUCAGAAUUCUCUGUAUGACAGUUACCUUGUUCUCGCCGCCUCUGGCAGCAGAAAAAAGGAGUGAAAGAAUCUUGAACAGAUGUGCCGCCGAUGUGCCAGUGCGCUACAAACUCAACAGAGAACAUCGCGGGGAGGAGAUGAGGUCUUCGGGAGAAGAGGGAGCGAGAGGAUGGAGCGUGAUCGGGAGGAAGAGGAGGGAGCGUCAUCGGGAGGAAGAGGAGGGGGCAGGAUUGGGAGGAAAGAACAUGACCGGGAAGGAGGGGAGCUCCCCAGGGAGCAAAGCAGCAAGUAUGGCAGGUUCCUUCUUUGAAACUUCUGCGUACUUUCGAGGAAACUAACUAAACAAGAGCACAUUGCUUCUUUCUCUGAAACUUCUGUGAGCUUUCUACUGAGUCUUGUCUGUAGGAUGAUGAAAGGAAGAUGAGUGCAGCUUCCGGGCCGGGCGACGAUCAGAUGCAGUUUCUUUGAACGUUCCGGGAAGCUUCCAUCAAGUGUUCUGCCUUGAACAAGGAAAGAACGAUGAGAAGAGCGCGGCUUUGAGGCUGGCAGUUGGAUAUGCCGAAUCGGAUAUUGAUUUGCUGGAGGUAGAUUUUUUUAUUUUUUUUAUUUUUUUGUAUAGGUGUGAUUGCUGGGGUUGGAGAAGAGAGAGCGAGGGAGGAGGGAGGAGGGAGGAAAGGAGUGUAGCAGUAGAAGACGAGCUUGUGUUUUGCUUUGUUUGCUGUUCCUGAUUGAUGAAGGGAGAAAAAGACCUGAUGGUGGGUGUCACAAGACAUGGCAGUCGUGAGGAAGUGAACACUACAGGCAGGACUCUAGCAGAAGAACGACUGAACGACAACAAAUUUUUCACAUGUUU